AUGCCUUUUUCUGCAAGCUGGAUCACUUCCCUCUCUUGUUCUUCCCCUGGGAAACAAGUCCCAGGUGGUACGUUGACUCAAUGGCUCGAAUUUGUCUUCCUCUCUCCAUGUCCUCAGAGAGCUCUCAUGGCCGCCAUUGAUGUUUUACUCAUCUUCGUACUCUUCGUGCUUGCCGUCAAGAAGCUCUGUUCCAGGUUCGCCUCUAAUGGCAGAGAGUCAGCUUCUGAACUUGGCAAGCCCCUUAUCAGACAUAACAGAGAUUUCAUCAGAACAACAACGUGGUUUAAGCUAACUCUAAUUGUGACGGUUGUUUUGACUAUAUCCUACGUUGUUGCGUGUGUUCUGGGAUUUGUCAGAAACAACCAAGUCGAUGGAUUGUUUUGGUUAGUUCAAGCCGUGACUCAUGCGAUUGUUGCAAUCUUAAUCAUUCAUGAAAAGAGAUUCCAAGCUGUUUCUCAUCCUAUUCCACUUCGAAUCUUUUGGAUUGUGAACUUCGUAGUCACUUGUUUGUUCGUAAUUUCUGGGGUUGUUCGUUUGGUCUCUGUGGAAGAAACUGAAGCAGGCUAUGACUUUAGGAAUGAUGAUACUGUCUGUUUCAUCUCCUUCCCUCUUUCUCUUUUUCUCUCUCUUGUUGCCAUUAAAGGAUCUACUGGGAUCAGUUUCACACCCGAAACUGAAUCGCUAAUUGAUGGGGAAACUCAUAUCAAAUCGAACGUGACUGGUUUUGCCUCAGCUUCGUUGGCAUCCAAAGCCUUCUGGCUAUGGAUAAAUCCAUUGUUGAGUAAAGGUUACAAGUCGCCUUUGAAGAUUGAUGAAGUCCCAUCACUUUCUCCAGACCAUAGAGCCGAAAGAAUGUCAGUUUUGUUCGAACAGAAAUGGCCUAAGCCACAAGAAAGAUCGAAGCAUCCUGUUCUAAUCACACUUCUUCGAUGCUUCUGGAAGGAAGUGGCAUUCACUGCUUUCCUUGCUAUUGUUCGACUCAGUGUUAUGUUCGUAGGUCCAGUUCUUAUCCAAAGCUUUGUUGAUUUCACAGCGGGUAAGAGAAGCUCUGUUUAUGAAGGGUACUACUUGGUGUUAAUCCUUUUGGUUGCAAAAUUCAUAGAAGUUUUAGCCACUCAUCAUUUCAACUUCAACUCUCAGAAGCUAGGAAUGCUUAUCCGAUGUUCUCUUAUUACAUCAUUGUACAAGAAAGGGUUAAGGUUGUCUUGUUCGGCAAGACAAGACCAUGGUAUUGGAACUAUUGUGAAUUAUAUGGCUGUGGAUGCACAACAACUUUCUGAUAUGAUGUUGCAGCUUCAUGCUGUGUGGAUGAUGCCAUUUCAAGUUGGAAUUGCCUUAUUUCUGCUGUACAAAUACUUAGGUGCUGCAGUCGUCACAGCCUUACUUGGAAUUUUGUGUGUUCUUGUGUUUGUGGUAUUUGGAACUCGAAGAAACAACCGUUUCCAGUUCAACGUGAUGAAGAAUCGCGAUUCGCGAAUGAAAGCUGUUAAUGAGAUGCUAAAUUACAUGAGAGUGAUCAAGUUCCAAGCAUGGGAAGAGCAUUUCAAUAAGAGGAUUAUGGGUUUUCGUGAAUCAGAAUUCAGCUGGCUUUCUAAGUUUAUGUAUUCAAUUUCUGGGAAUAUUAUUGUGAUGUGGAGCACACCGUUGUUGAUCUCAACUCUAACAUUUGGGACAGCAAUUUUGCUCAGAGUUCGACUUGAUGCUGGCACGGUUUUCACCACAACAACAAUCUUUAAAAUAUUGCAGGAACCUAUUAGGACGUUCCCACAAUCAAUGAUCUCUCUUUCACAAGCCAUGAUAUCACUUGGGAGGUUGGAUAGGUAUAUGAUGAGCAAGGAAUUAUCAGACAAUUCAGUUGAGAGACAGGAAGGCUGCGAUGGACAAACUGCGGUAGAGGUGAAAGAUGGCAUCUUUAGCUGGGAUGAUGAUGAUAGUAAAACGGAUUAUGAUUUGAAGAACAUUAAUUUGAACAUCAGAAAAGGCGAUCUCACCGCCAUUGUUGGCACCGUCGGCUCAGGAAAAUCUUCUCUCCUAGCAUCAAUUCUUGGGGAGAUGCACAAGGUUUCUGGCAAGGUUCGAGUUUGUGGGAGUACAGCGUAUGUAGCUCAAACAUCAUGGAUUCAAAAUGGGACGAUUCAGGACAACAUCCUGUAUGGAUUACCAAUGGACAGACAGAAGUACAAUGAAGUUGUGAGGGUUUGUUGUUUGGACAAGGACUUGGAAAUGAUGGAAGAUGGGGAUCAGACAGAGAUUGGAGAGCGUGGCAUCAACCUUAGUGGGGGACAGAAGCAGAGAAUACAGCUUGCUAGGGCUGUAUAUCAAGACUGUGAUAUCUAUCUUCUCGAUGAUGUCUUUAGCGCUGUCGAUGCUCAUACUGGCUCUGCAAUAUUCAAGGAAUGUGUUAGGGGAGCUCUAAAAGCCAAGACUAUUAUUCUUGUGACACACCAAGUAGACUUCCUGCAUAAUGUUGAUCUUAUAAUGGUGAUGAGAGAUGGAAUGAUAGUCGAAUCGGGCAAGUAUAAUGAUCUGUUAAAUUCUGGACUGGAUUUUGGAGAUUUGGUUGCAGCACAUGAGACUUCAAUGGAACUUGUAGAGCAAGGUAAAGAGUUGCCUGGUGAAAAUUCCCCAAGACCAGCCAAAUCUCCCAGAUCUCCAAAGCCAGCUUCUACUUUCAGAGAGACCAAUGGUGAAAGCAAUUCUCUUGACCAGCCCAAGACUGGCAAGGAAAAUUCUAAACUCAUCAAAGAUGAAGAGAGGGAAACUGGCAAAGUGAGCCUGCAUAUUUAUAAACUGUAUUGUACUGAGGCUUAUGGAUGGUGGGGCAUUACAGGAGUAAUUCUAAUUUCUUUGAUAUGGCAAGCAUCUUUAAUGGCUGGUGAUUAUUGGCUGGCAUAUGAAACCUCCGAAGAGCAAGCUCGAGUCUUUAACCCGUCUCUUUUUAUCUCCAUCUAUGCCAUUAUUGCGGCAGUUUCAGUUGUUUUGGUGAUAUUUAGAUCCUUCUCUGUCACCAUCUUGGGGCUUAAGACAGCACAAAUUUUCUUCUCUCAGAUUCUUGAUAGCAUCCUUCAUGCACCCAUGUCUUUCUUUGAUACCACGCCUUCUGGAAGAAUCUUAAGUCGGGCAUCCACUGAUCAGACUAAUGUUGAUGUGUUUCUCCCAUUCUUUUUGGGUAUUGUGAUUUCCAUGUACAUCACAGUACUUGGCAUCUUCAUUGUGACAUGUCAGAAUUCUUGGCCAACAGUUUUCUUGCUGAUUCCUCUGAUUUGGUUGAACAUAUGGUAUCGGGGUUAUUUCCUUUCUUCAUCUCGUGAAUUAACUCGGCUGGAUUCAAUAACAAAAGCACCUGUGAUUCAUCAUUUCUCAGAAAGCAUUUCUGGGGUCAUGACAAUUCGUGCAUUCAGAAAGCAGAGGAGUUUUUGUGAAGAAAAUGUUAAACGAGUGAAUGAAAAUCUGCGGAUGGAUUUCCACAACAAUGGUUCCAAUGAGUGGUUGGGUUUUCGCUUAGAAUUGCUCGGAAGCUUGGUCUUUUGUAUUUCCACUAUGUUCAUGAUUAUAUUACCCAGCAAUAUCAUAAAACCAGAAAACGUUGGCUUAUCCCUCUCUUAUGGGUUGUCUCUGAAUGCUGUGUUGUUCUGGGCCAUAUAUAUGAGUUGCUUCAUUGAGAACAAAAUGGUAUCUGUGGAGAGGAUUAAGCAGUUCACAAGAAUUCCAUCUGAAGCAGCAUGGCGAAUUAAAGAUCGCCUGCCUCCUCCGAAUUGGCCUGCCCAUGGCAAUGUUAACAUCAAAGAUUUGCAGGUUAGGUACCGUGCCAAUACUCCUUUGGUUCUUAAAGGCCUCAACUUGAGCAUUAGUGGGGGAGAGAAGAUUGGCGUUGUUGGAAGAACAGGAAGUGGAAAAUCUACUUUAAUCCAAGUUUUCUUCAGGCUAGUAGAACCUUCAGGAGGCCGAAUAAUCAUCGACGACAUCGACAUAACCGCAUUAGGCCUCCACGAUCUCAGGUCUCGUUUCGGAAUCAUCCCCCAGGAGCCUGUUCUUUUUGAGGGCACAGUUAGGAGCAACAUUGAUCCAACGGGUCAAUAUUCAGAUGAGGACAUAUGGAAGAGCUUGGAACGCUGUCAACUAAAAGAUGCCGUGGCUUCCAAGCCAGAGAAACUGGACUCUUUAGUGGUUGAUAAUGGGGAGAAUUGGAGUGUGGGGCAGAGGCAGUUACUGUGUUUGGGGAGAGUGAUGCUGAAGAGAAGCCGGCUAUUGUUCUUGGAUGAAGCAACGGCUUCUGUGGAUUCACAAACUGAUGCUGUGAUUCAGAAGAUCAUCAGAGAGGACUUUGGCUGCACCAUCAUUAGCAUUGCUCACAGAAUUCCAACUGUCAUGGACUGUGAUAGGGUUCUCGUCAUAGAUGCAGGGCGAGCGAAAGAAUUUGAUAAACCUUCCAAGUUGCUUCAGAGGCCAUCAUUAUUUGGGGCAUUGGUUCAAGAAUAUGCCAAUCGCUCCUCAGAGCUCUGAAUCAUUGUUCAAGCUUUUCAUAAGGGAAAUGAAACCUCCUGCUAAAGAAGAGGCCUUUUGAUUGAUCCUGUGAAUUGAAGAGUUGUAGGUAGUGACAUUACAAGCAACUAAAAAAUUAGCUAAUUUUGAAGUGGAAUUCUAAUUGCAUAUGGAUUAUCUAAUGCCAUUUUCAGAUGUUUUUAAUUAUAGCUUCAAGUGUUAAAACUGACGUCUUUGAUAAAUAAAAAUUGAAAUAUACCUUUGGCAUC